AUGACGAGAGGAUCGAGGUGGUGGUUGUUGAUGCUACCGGUGCCCGGGUUGGUGAGCUCGUGCGCGGUGUGGCGCGUCGAGGCGGCAGUGACGAUCGAGCAGAUGCUGACGCUCAAGUGGCAUUACUACCGGAACUCGUGCCGCAACGCCAAGACAUACGUGACGCACCAGGUCGAGUUCUACUGGAAGCCGGACAAGAGCCUCACUCCCAAGCUCCUCCGACUGCUUUGUCACGGUACUAGAAAACAGGGGUGUGAUGCGUCAAUUCUAUUGGACGGGCCAAAUUCAGAGAAAGUAGCACCACAAAAUUCAGGGCUUGAAGGGUUUGGUACGGCGGUGAUAGACAAGAUCAAGGAAGUCCUGGAACAACGUUGUCCUUCAGUUGUCUCUUGUGCUGACAUUCUCAACCUGGCCUGCAGAGAUGCUGCUCACUUGGCGGGAGCACCAUCGUAUGCCGUUCUUACGGGGAGGAGGGAUGGGAUGUCGUCCAAGGCAUCGGUGGACCUCCCGUCGCCGUCCAUCUCGUGGGAAGCGACGCUCGCUUACUUCGAAUCGAAGGGCUUGGAUGUGCUGGACCUUGCCACUCUACUGGGCGCUUAUUCAAUGGGCAAGACUCACUGCAGCUACAUCACAGACAGGCUCUACAAUUUCAACAACACUGGCAAGCCAGACCCAAAUAUGGACUCAUCCUUCUUGGCCCAAAUGAGGAAGCAAUGCCCACCAAACUCAGAGAGCCAAGGUGACCCUCAGGUGUUCCUUGACCCUGCCUCAGGCUCGAGCUACACAUUCAGCAACUCCUUGUACACCAGGCUCCUGAACCACCAGGCCGUUCUUGGCGUCGACCAGCAGCUCGCCCUCGGCAACGACACUUCCCAGAUCGCUCAGGAGUUUGAUGCCGGGUUCGAGGACUUCCGGAAGGUGUUUGCCCUGUCAAUGAACCGGAUGGGGAACAUCGUGGCCUUGACAGGGGAUCAGGGGGAGAUCCGCAAGAGUUGCAGAGCCGUGAACGGGAAAUAAUCCGGACCAAUAUCGAAUGAUCUCGCAAUCUGGAAGCAUGAUUUGUUCUCGAGUCAAUCUUCAUGUAUUCGGUUAUGAUAUCUUGGGUGGCAUUACUGAGAUGAAAAUAAGGAAUGAAAGAAUUUGAAACUUGAAAGUC